UCUACGGUCCGACUAACCACAAAGCCUCUCCGUACAAAAGAGGGUUUCUGCAAAACCUCUUAUUUCUCAAAACGCCGGCGACGAAGAACGAACCAGUGAGCGAGAGAAGAGAGAAGAGAGAAGAGAGAAGAGAGAAGAGAGAAGAGAGAAGAUAACCGCAAUGUCGGGGUUUCCAUUUGGUCAAUCCAAUUCCGUUGGAAGUUUCUCAUUCGGAUCUUCUUCUGCAACUAAUUCCUCUUCUGCUUCAUCUACCACUUCUCCGUUAUCUUUCUCCUUUAACCAAUCUUCAAACCCUAGCUCCACCGGAUUCGGUUUCGGAUCCACCGUCUCAUCAACUCCUGCUUCCUCCACUACUCCAUCUUUUGGAUUCGGAGCUUCCUCAUCUCCUUCGUUCGGAUUCGGUUCCUCUGCUUCAUCGACUCCAUCGUUCGGAUUCGGAUCCUCUGCCUCCACGACUCCUGCUUCCACAACUCCAUCGUUUGGAUUUGGCACCGCCGCUUCUUCUUCUGCUUCUGCUCCGUCACUGUUUGGUUCAUCUACCACCAAUGCUUCUUCGGCUGCUCCUGGUUCUUCUCCUUUUGGAUUCGUAACUUCUUCGGCCUCUUCAGCGACUGUUUCAGCUUCAUCUCCGUUUGGAGUUCCCGCUUCUUCCUCCGCAACUCCAUCUUCAUCUAUUUUCGGAGCGGCUCCAGCGAGUGGUUCAUCAUCUCUCUUUGGAUCUUCCUCAUCCUUAUUCUCCGCUCCUUCAUCUGCCUCCGCCUCGAAUUCUUCUAUCUUCGGAGCAUCCUCAUCCGCCGCUACUUCAACAUCCCCUCUUUUCGGUGCGCCAGCAUCAGCCACCGGCUCGACACCGUCCUUUGGCGUGGCCUCAGCACCUGGCUCGUCAUCAUCCAUCUUUGGAGCCACCGGCUCGUUACCUUCCUUCAGUGUUGCCUCAUCAGCCUCUGGCUCCUCACCGCCAAUCUUUGGAGCCACCGGUUCGUCACCGUCAAUCUUCGGUUCGUCUUCGUCAGCCGGUUCAACUCCAUCUCUCUUUGCAUCGUCCUCGUCAGGCGCAACAGCUUCUUCACCUUCCCCGUUUGGAGUAUCCACCAUCAAUUCCUCAACUACAACCAAUCCCUCGAAUGCCUCAGCUUCUCCUUUCUCCGCUUCUACCGGAUUCUCUUUCUUGAAAAGCACAGCAAGUUCGACCACCAGCACCACCACUGCUUCUGCUCCUCCACAAACGGCUUCAUCUUCUUCCUUCUCAUUUGGUACAUCCGCCAAUUCAGGUUUUAACCUUUCAACCGGAAGCUCCGCAGCACCUGCCUCCAGCACAUCCGGAGCAGUGUUUUCUAUUGCAACCACCACUACCACUUCUUCUUCGACUCCGGCUGCCACUAGUGCACCAGCUUCUUCAGCUGCAGCUUCUACAAUGGCUUUCCCUUCUUUUGGUGUGAGUUCAUCCGCAACCAACACCACUCCGGCUAGCUCCGCUGCUACAUUCAGUACUACAGGAUUUGGUUUGGCUAGCUCGACACCUGCCACUGGAUCUACGAAAUCUUUUACUGGGUUUGCUGUACCGCAGACAUCAACACCUGCAUCAUCUUCACAACCACAAACUACUACUCCUGCUUUCUCAUUCAGUCUUCCAUCUUCGACUUCUACUACUGCUCCUGCUACUACUUCUGCUACUACAACACAGACAUCUCUUGUUGUGCCUUCGAGUAGUGGGACGAGCACAGCUGUUGCUCCAGUGGCUGGUUCUCCAAAGUUGCCAUCUGAAAUAACUGGCAAAACUGUUGAGGAGAUUAUCAAGGAGUGGAAUACUGAGCUACAAGAGCGCACAGGGAGAUUCCGGAAACAGGCAAAUGCAAUAGCAGAGUGGGAUAAGCGGAUCUUGCAGAACCGUGAUGUUCUUUUGAGGCUUGAGAUUGAAGUUGCAAAAGUGGUUGAAACCCAAUCUAGCUUGGAACGACAGCUGGAAUUAAUCGAGACUCAUCAGCAAGAGGUUGACAAGGCUUUGCAAAGCAUGGAGGAAGAGGCUGAGCGUAUAUAUAAUGACGAGCGGAAAUCACUUCUUGACGAUGAAGCAGCAUCAACUAGAGAUGCAAUGUAUGAACAGUCUGAGCUAGUAGAAAGAGAAUUGGAGCAUAUGACUGAACAAAUCAGAUCGAUUAUACAAUCCGUAAAUGCAAACCAGGGUGGGGAACUUGAAGCAAUAGAUGGGAUGAGUCCACUGGACGUUGUUGUCAGAAUCUUGAACAAUCAACUUAGUUCCUUAAUGUGGAUUGAUGAGAAAGCAGAGGAAUUCUCUUCUCGGAUUCAAAAAAUUGCAUCGCAAGGUUCUAGUGGAGAUCGUGAAUUGAUGGCUCCAAAGCACUGGAUGUCUUGAUAGGGAUUACAAAAACACAUCAUCAGCUCAGGAAACGAAUUAUCUUCUUGUAGUUGCGUGUUAUUUCUAGAUGUAUGAUUUUACAAUUGCACAUGAUGAAUUUUUUACCAUAAAGAUUUGUAUCAUUUGAAUAUUAUUGAUUGACUGGGUUGUUUGUUGUUA